AUGAGCCGUAAUUCUGAAAACUGUUUUACUGACAAUAACGUUACAACGUUUCAUCCUGGAAGACUCAAAGAUCAACUUAAUCACUUUAGUACACACAAGAAUACAACAUCGUCGACAUUGAAAACUGAAAGCGUUUGCUCAGAAUUUAAAGGCAACAACAUUAAUUUUUUGUGGUUCAUGUCCGAACUUAUUUGGAGCAAAAUCGAACCACACGCGUCAUAUUAUGAAGUCUCUUAG